AUGUUCGUUGGACCAGGCCUGCCGUACGCAGGAUCGCAGGGGUGCGAGACCGGCGAGAAGACUGACUGGGAAGCUGCGGCAAAGUUCUACUCCGCUGUGCGCCAGCAGCAGGCUGUGCUUUGGGGUGCUUCGGAGACGGACAAGGACGGGCUUUCGGAGAAGAAAACAACCGGUGAAGAUGCAGGCUCCUCGCCUCAAAGGAGACAGGCUAACGAGAAGGCGGGAGCCGUAGGAGCUCAGCACGCCGACCUUCCCGUGGGGAAGAAACGAAGGAAAGUCUGCUCCUCAAAGACAGAAGCAGAUAUUAAACAAUCUGGCAAGGAUCACGAAGACGGAGCAGGCGGAGCGAACUGCGGAGGAAGCCACGUCCCGGCAGGAGAAGACGACUCAUGUCGUGCCUUCCAUGGAGGCGAACAGGACGAAGACGCAAUAAGCGUACUCCUCAAAAAGAUCGAUCAAAACCCCCACGACUACGAAGCGUCGCAGCAACUCGUGUCGGCCCUCUACAACACAGAAAGGCUGGAUGACUAUGAGGCCGCGCUCGAGCGGAUUCUCUCCGAGUUUCCUCUGCUGUUCGGUUACUGGAAAAAGCUCGUGAAGUUCCAUGUCGAGAAACGGAGAAGCUGGCCCGACGCAGAGCGAGUCUUAGAACGCGCCUGCGAAUUCGUCGGACACAACCCGAUGAUUUGGAUCGCCUACCUCGAAUGGAUGAAAGAGGCCUGCAGUCUCACCCGGGAGGCGACACGUGUUACUAUGGACAGUGCGCUGCAGUGCGCUGGCUUGCACUGGAAAGCGUGGCCCCUAUGGCAAGCAGUGUUGGACUUUGAGGAAAACGAAUAUAAAGAAGCUUGCAACCGCAUCGCUCUGAGUGUACACCAACCCCAAGAAGACGAUCCCAGUUCUACCGCAUUUGUGGCUCCCGAAGAGAUCUUAAAGGCCGAAGAACUCAAACUGCAUGCGACCAAACGCAGAGACGAAGCUGUUGAGCACCAGAAGCGACGGUCCACUGGGAAGUCCGCAGACGCCUCUUCGGCCGAGCUCGACGCUGAAGACAAGAAAAAAGCCGAGACGAUGGGUCGUGAAGAAAUCAGAAAAGAAGUCUCUUCCUUCACGAGUCAACAUGCCGUAGACGAAGCGGGAUGGUCAGUGCGCCAGGAGCUCUUUGCAGAUACCGCGCAACAGGCUGCCGCUCGGCAAGUCUUUGAAAAAGGGGUACACCGAUGGUUUUGGCACCCUGACCCCCUAACGUCACAGCGCGUGCAGGCCUGGCGGGAUUACCUCGAUUACGAAGACCACCAGGGCAUUCCCGAGCGCAAGGAGAUGCUUCGCAGGCGCUGCCUCGAAGUCUGCGCAUCGUACUUGGAAUUCUGGCAGCGGUUCGCGCACCAGCUGAUUCAAGAGAACAAACCAGAAGAGGCCCUCAAGCUUCUCCACCGGGGCGCGUAUAUUAUCAUGAAGCGAAGACGAGAUAUUGCAUUCGCAUAUGCAUCGACGGCAGAGCGCCUCUGCAAAUUUGAAGAGGCCACAAAGGCCUACAAUCGCCUGCUCGAACCUCCACUUUCUCCAGUGUACCUCAAGUACUACCUGGGCUGGAUCAACUACCAGAGACGCAGAGGCGAACUCGACCGCGUGCUUCAGCUCUACGACGAAGGCCUGGAGCGCUUCAGAACUAGCGAACAGUGCUGUGAACUCCUCUACCUUCAGAAGGCGAAUUUCCUUCUAUACUUGCGAGGAGACCUCAAACAGAGCGUGAGUUGUUUAACCCGUGCACUGACUGCGCUGCCCUCAAGCGUCUGCGUUCUCCAGCUACUCGUGCGGCUGCUUCAAAUGAAGCACAUGGGCGACUCGGACCGGAUCUUCGCCGCGGCUUCUCCGUACUUCCUGGAGGCUCUGAAACAAACAGAGCUAUCUGUGUGGAACAAGUGGCAAGUCUGGAAGAUGUACGUUCGGUUCUUGGAAGCCUACGCGCCGACAGUGGCGCAGAUCCAGGACGCUAAGGCCGACGCAUUCGCGUUUCUCCGAGGGCAUCGCGCCGAGCUGAUGCUCCUCGCCCCCAAAGCCUUUCGGCAGCGAAUUCCUGAGGCCCUGCGUGUUGGAAACGAAGCCAACGACGAAAGCGGAUUCUACGGUGCGGCCGCCGGCGUACAGUACGCGAACGCGCCGACAGCUGGGAUAGGCCAGAGCGAGUACGCCACUGGCGGCUACGCGGAGGCCCCCCUCCUCAAAUCAAAAGAUCUCAGGCCUCUGACAUCGUCAGCUGCUCCGCUCCGCUCUCCCCCAUCUGCGUCGACUUCCUCUGCUUCUUGUUCGCCAUCCUCGUCUUCUGCUUCUCCACCUCAGGCUUCCGCGUCGACCUCCACGUCCGCGUGUUCCUUGUCGAGUGUCUUUUUCCCGUAUUCUUCCCUCGAAUCGUCGCGUCUAUCCUCCUCGUCUACUGCGCCUUCCCUCUCGGCACGCUCAGUGCCCCAUUCUUCCGCCCCUGCCAUUGCCUCGUCCUCACACAGCCAAAACCACUCCUCUUUCGCAGCCGCCUGCUCUCGUUACUGCCGUUCCCCACAGUCCCCCUCGUCGAGUCCCCCCUCGCGCUGGAGCGGAUCUUCUCGCGGCUCGCCACGCUUUGCACCCGACGGCCCAGGUCGCGGCGUCUCUCUAGACCUAUUUGCCGAAGAUAUCUGGCUCGCUGCUGAUAUCGACUGCCUCCCCCUCUUCAUAUCUGAAGUGACUGUCGACCCGCCGUCGCCUCGCAGCUGGCGCUUGUCUCGCCAGCAGGCUAGCGAAGGAUCUGCGGAGAUGUGCCCCGCUGUGGCUGCCGCCUUCUGCGACGCGAAAGACUUGCAUGGUCUUCUCGUUGACGCGUUGCUUCCAUCAGCCGCGCCAUCCGCAGACACUUCUGCUCGCGUGUCCCCUACCCCCUCUUUCGCCUGCCUUCCUCGGAGCUGCCGAGAUUGCUGCUGCUUGGAGUCCACGCCAUGCCUCUGCCGUCCGCUCCAGUGCGAAACAACGCGUCCGCUAGCUUUCCUCACCUCUUCCAGUAGCCAGCCCAACGGCGACAUUCGUCUCGCGUCCGCCCAUACAGCCGAUCCGCAGACAGAGGCAGUCGGGGGCAGCCAGCGGCCGUCGUCCCUCGGCUGUGCCUCGUCUCCGAGAUCCGAGGCAGACAAGCCCUCUCCAGAGACUCGCAAGGAAACGAGUGAAGAGGCAGCCGACCAAAGACUCUAUUCCCCCAGCUGCGAACCUUCUCCGACGCCGUACUGCAUGCGACGAACAGAACCCCACCAGGAAGGAGCGGAAAGCCCUUCCGACACCAGUGCCGCGGGAGACGGCGGAGUUCAGGCCACGGAGAGAAGCGCAGAGCGGCAGGAGAGGAGCAAAGGGCGAGAAAGCGCGGUUUUUCCGCGAAGGCCGCGAGACGCCGAAGACAGCGGAGCCGGCAAUAUCAGAAACUCGCGCUAUGAGUCGCCCGUUCCUUCCACAGCUGCAGCCGGCGAAGACGCAAACUCGCUUCGCUGCGCAGCCUCCCGCGGCGAAGAGACCGGCACCCGCGACGAGUCUGAAAGCGAGCACAGACAGAAACAGAUGUACACGGACGCAGAUCGAUCCAGAAGACUCAGCGAUGCAUGCGGGGACGCCUCGAGGCCGACCCGCGCUGCAUCGGUCUCCUCGCCGCCGAGCGGAAGCUGCGGGAGCCGCGCGGAGGGCUCGAGGGCCGAGGGAGCCGACGGUUGCGAGGCAGAUGCCACGGGCACCGGACCCCGCGGCGGAAUUGGAACGCAGGUGAGCGGCAGGAGAGGAUUUCGCAAGUCCCCGCCGAAUAAAGACGGACAAGACUGGGAGAUGGAAAGUGGGAGCGAGGGCGAUGCGAGACCGGCUGUGCACCUCUGGAGAGAGAAGCAACCCGAGAAUAGAGGAUCCGCUAGAGAAACGGAGGGCACUUGUCGUGUAGCGGACAGGGAGGAGUCCCCCGCCAAAGGCGCCGAAGGAGAGGAGCGGAUCGCCGUCGCCCCUGAGGUGCGCGGCGGGGCUCUAGAAGCGAAUUUUAGACGGCCUUGUGCAACUGCGCGAAAUCCCCUCGAAUGCGCCAAGACAGUCCCGCUGAGUGAGCUCUUCAACAUCCAUGUAGCGGAGUUCUGCCGGGGGUAUCGGCAUGCGGGGGCCUUCGGCUAUGACAAUUUCAAACUGGCCUCGGCCGAGAGCUUCCGCGUCUGGAAAACGUUUGCAGAGAGACAGUGGGAGCGGCGGCUCGCUGCGGACGCCGGAUCGAACAUGCGGAAGAGCGUCCGCUCGCCCUCAAAGCUGUUUUGGCCCAGUGCAGCUCGGAAUCUCGCUGGCGCGACGGCAAGCGUGAGUGCAAGCGACGCCCACUGUAGCGCCCCCCUCGAGUCUGACCAACGGGCUGCCCAUCAAGCGAGCUCCACGGGCAGCUGCGACGUCUGCGGCAACUCCGCUGCGCCAGCCCAUGCCGCGCCUAGCGCGACAAGGAAGAAGGCGUCUACCAGCCCGGCUACGGAUCUCAAGCGUCGAGGUGCUGUGUUUUCUCGGCUUCGCAGCGAGAUGCAGAACCCCUCCGACAAGACACGAUUUGCGAUCGGUUCUCCUCAAGAAAUGACUGAGAAAAGCGGAUCCACAAAGGCCAUCGGUAACGACAGCGGGGAUACGUGUAAAGGCCCCAACCACGGACUGCGAGGAACGAACGCCGAGGCAGACUCGGGUCAAAGAAAUAGUGAAAAUACGAGGCGCGGCGGAACUCUCGCAGGCAGUAAUGCGACGACCCGAGUGGCUUUCGAAAGCUGUUCGUUGUCUCGGAAUUUGCAGGUCGCUUCUCCUCCGUUCUCCUCUGCGGCGCUGCCCGCUUGGUUUCGGGAGCCCUCUGCCGAGCGAACGAAGGAAAGCGACCCUGGGCCUUGCUUCUGCAGCGGAUGCGAGAAAUCUCGAGAGAAGAGGUGGACGGAAAUUUGCUGUACGGUACCCGGGUUGGCGGCGCUUCGCGCAACUUGGCAAGACUACGAGGCAACGCGACAGUGGAUGUUUCGCUUUUGCUCGUCUCUGCGCUUCCACGGCGAACUCGUGUAUAUUUCUGUGCAUCUUUUGCAUUUCCUUCUCGAGCGAUGGGAAGAAUGGCAGCCUCCGCCGCGUCUUAUUCUCUCCCAUAAUUCAGGGGCGAGAACGGACGAUACCACGGAUAGGGGACCACCACGCGGCAGCAGCCUCUCUGUGCAAACCUCAGAGACUCACCGAGGGUCGUGCGCCUUCUCCCAUGCCGCGCCUUCCUCUUCUUCAUCGUCGGCUGCCUCAUCCGGCUCGCAUGCAUUUUCAGCUGCUUCGUCACUCUGUCGGGGUUCGUCGCCUUCAUCCCCGUUCGCCUGGGACAAGGCGGCGGCGAUGCGAAUGCUGUGGGGUGUAUCGCCGACUCGCCACGGGGCUGAACCGGGACGUGUCUCGCAUCCUGCUUGCGAGAAAAAACAGAACCUGCGAAGCACGGAGUACAACCACCUCCCUUUUGCUUGCGCAGUGACGCUCGAUGAGGCAGAGGCUGAGGGGUUGCAAGGCGACUCGAAAGCGACGACGUCAAACGCGAAACAGACGUUCUAUCACCCGCUGCCGCCUCUGGUCCGUCUCGCCUGCGUGUGCGUCGCCAUUGCGUACAAGCAACUGGAGAUCGUUCCGCACCUCGACUGCUCGGGAGUCGUCCUGCAGGCCCUGUACUUCACCGGCAAAGAGAAACGGCGAGAGAUGGAGCGAAGGCAGAGACACGCCUCGCCCGCCCCCUCGCCUUCGCACGGGGGGGGGGCCAGACAUCGACGGGGAGCUCGCCAGGCAGAGCAGCAGGACGACAGGCGCACGCGGCCUCACGGACGAGAUGUGCUUUCCUCGGAGCCGGCGCGGGAGACCUGCGAGGCGGACACGGACAAAGACGAAUGCGAGUGCUGCCUGGCAAGCGGCUGCUCGCGAGAAGCGACAGGCACCUGCGGAGGCCUCUGGAUUUCGCGGGAGCGCAGGAGAGAAGAGGAAGACCGUAACUGCCAAAAUGACGCAGAAGGCGACGCACCGGGGGCAUCCCUUCGUCUUCGCUCGAACACGUGCACCAGAAAAGGACAUGAUGCACCACGUGGCUUCCACGGCUUCGCAGCCUUCUACAAAGAGAUGUCAAACAAUGCUUUAAGCCCAUUCAGACGCCCCAUCCUCGCACACCCCACUGAACCUUCGUGCUGCGCGUGCUGCCAGGAGCAGUACGUCCGCGGCGCGUGUCGCUGCGGUAGUCCACUGCCUUCUUCCACGGCGAAUCGUUGUGCCUCACGUUCGACUUCUUCGCCUCCUUCUCUGUCGCGCGGCUCGCCUGAGCGCCCAGGUUCGUUGCCCGCAUCGCAGUCGUCUCGUCGUGUGUCUCCGAAUUCCCACGGACACCCGCGAGGGCCUCUCUCUGACGGGGCGCGUGACGCAGGAAGCGCCCCACUCGGCAGCGCACUGAAAAAGCCAACAGAGCCUUAUUUCCCUCGCCCUGCAGAGGAACUCCACGAUCACACUGUGGGCGAAAACGCCACGCAAAAACGCGCGUCACCGCCGCCGUCUGCCUCCUCGCUCAUGUCCUACUACAGGGCGUGGCCCCCGACGGGGUGGAUUGAGCUGUACGCCUGGAGCUGCAUCGAAGAAGAAGAUCUGUUGACGCAUGCAAACGUCUUCCUCUUUCUCCAUUGGCUGUUGGGCGCGUGCAAGCUCUACCGGCGAAGGUACGGCGCAGCGUGGCUGGACGCUGAGUCUGACGAGGACGACGAGGCGGAGAAGGCCUCCGAGACUGAGAGACCGCCUGUCUGGCGCGAACGCGUGACCGCGGCAGAUGAAGACGCAGACACUGAGCGGGACGGGGAGCCCUCAGACAACGAGGAGAAAGGAGGGAUGGAAGCUGCAGAGGGAGGUCGAGGUGAGCAAGCAGAAGCAGAAGAACUUCAAGAAAGCAGCUGGAACAGGGAUGUUAACAGCGACGGCGACACUGUCAUCUACGAGGGAGACGAAGAAAAGGAAGACGAAGACGCCGCGGAGGAAGGAGAGCACACGAGAGGAAGGGAAGCAAGAGCCCCAGCACGCGCCGAUGCACGCUUGCUGCGGAGUCAGCUGACGCAGAAAUGCACCACUGAGGGACUCAAGGUCGAGCACAUGGACCCGCAUCCGUCGAGGAAGCUUGCCUGUGCGGCGUCAGAUGGGAAGGCCUUUGUCGUAAAGCAAGACGGCGGCAAACGGCGCGUGUGCGCGCCUUCAAGGCGCGUCUCUCCUGCCGCCUCUCUGGCACCUUCACGUCGAAGUCCACCUCCUCUGUCUUCUCCCGAGUCCAAUCACCCCCCUUUGCCAGUGGCCGCGGCUCUCCACUGCGCGUCCUCCUUCUCUCUCUCUUGCGCCUCUUCGACGUCUUUUGCGUCUCCCUCGUCUGCCUCUUCUCGCGUGUUUCUCCCCCUCCAACCCCCUUCGGCCGCAGGUCUCCCUCUGUAUCUCCUCGAGCUGUGCCUCUGCUCCCCGGACGCCUCGUUCCUCUCGCUGUCUCCGCUCGUUCAGGCUGCCGCUGUCCUCCGGCUGCUCAUUCUCUCGUACGAGCUGGAGCGCAAGCACUUGCUCUUCUUGGAUGGCGUCCUGGGCCCAGAGAUAUCCCUCGAAGUCGCGCAGGCGACGCAGACCGUCCGAGCGGCGUUGCUCGCUGCCGCGGAGUCGCAGUCUCUGUGGAGAUGGCGCUUGCCGACACCAGUCCUGCACGCACUUCUUCGCGGCUUCCGCCAUCCGCGCACCUGUGAAACCUGUAUCUGGGCUGCUGCUGCGGAAGCAAACGAGGCCGCACAGCACGGCGAACAGAGGGCACCUGACGGAGGCGGACCCACGCCAGGCCGGGCGACGCCCCCCUCAUUCGCCGACAGAUUUGAAAGGGAGGCGAGGCAUGGCAGGCGAGAGCAGUUCGCCGAAAGCAGAGAGGCGUCUCCAUCGCGCACCCGGUCUCUCUCGUUCUGCGAGGGGGAACGCACGCGCACGCAAGCGCUUGCAGAGGGAGGGAGGGGAGAAGAGGAGACUGGGGAAUGUCGGGACGAAACGCGAGCGCGCAAAGCGAAAGAAACGGAGUCUCUCCGCGCUCCUCUUGCAGGCGCCUCCCACGGAGAGAGGCGAAGCCUGGCGCGGCCCGGGUCAGCCAGUGGGCGCGACGAGCGACAGGCAAGCGAACGGGUGCCGAAGGUGGCGAAGUCGCGAGAGACGGCAGAGGCUUCCACUUGCGGGAGGACGGAAGGUGUCUUUGCAAGAAGAAACGUGGAGGCGGCCUCUGCCGCGUGGACACCCGACACGUCACUGGCGUGCCUCGAACGUCUGCAAGGAGGAAGGCCGGACGCGCAUCCGAAACCUUGCGACCCUGCUUUGCUCUUACGCGACGAUGCCGCCCUCAGCCAGGGUUUGGCCGCAGAGAAACAGCACGCGGAAAUUCUGCAUCGGCGGGAAGCUAGCCUCUCCGACCCGAUAUCGCCGCCAUCUGGGACACCGGGCUUCACGAAAAACGUGGGAGCCGCCGACACCGGCGGUCGCGUUGACGAGCCGCGGGAGCCUCGCGCAGGGGCCCUCUCUCCUUCGGCGUCUUCUAGGGGUCAGGAGGCAUCAGGGGCGACGGCUGGAUGGCGAGAGUUCUUGAGCGAUUCGAAGCCUGCGCCGCCGACGACGUUGUCGUCUACGCGUGUCCGCGGAGAGGGGAGCGGCCCUAGAUUCGGCUUGUCUUUUCAGCAUGGGGCUUUCUGCGGCGGUUCGCCCGCCGCCGCCUCGUCCUUGCCGCCCGCAGAAACCCGAGAGAAAAGCGUGCGCUGGUCCGCCGCAGUUUCACGCGAAGCAUCCAGCCGCGCCUCCGCCUCACCCCCCGCCUCACCCCCCGCCUCACCCCCCGCCGCCCCCGCUGCCGGUUUUGGUGACCUCGAACCGCAGUCGGUUCCACCGCAGAAGGGACUCACGAUUUCUCCGCACUGUCGAUGGAGCGUCGCGGCGCUUCUCUGUCCCCACGGAGCCUCGCGCUGGGACCUCGCUUGCUCAGCAUGUUGCCUGUCGCCUUCAGCCAGCAUUCGCCGGCACUUUGAGGGGGAGCGGCCGCCGGCGAAACGCCUCGGACGCACGCCGCGACAUUCAGGAAAAAGCGCCUGCCGCCCCCAGCCGCAGACAGACGGCGAAUGCAGUUCGCUGGCUGCCACUCGUGCGAAGCGGACGGCGGCAGAAGCAGGGAGCGACGAAGCCCAGGGCGAGGGGGGAGCCGGAGCCGACGCGGUCUGCAGAGAGCGCAGAAGCGCUCCCAGCGGUGCCCUGGAGAAGGGCGGUUGCCAGCCCUCAACGGAGUGCGCAGAGAACGGGGAAACACAGCAACGCGAGUCAACAGGACUGUUCCUGAAGCGGAAGAAGAGGCGGUACCGCAGAUGGGAUGUCACGGCUGCACAGCUUCUGCAGCGCCGAAGGGGAGAAGACCCUCAGACAUAA